UAUCUAAGAACAUAACUCGGAAAUUGCCAGAGGUAUGGAAGCCCAGCCGUGCCAGGAGAGCCGGCCGCUCUUGGCAGCGGGUGUCAGCAGCAUGUGCAGUCAAAACUAUGCAGCUUGACUGUGCGUGCUGGGGAGGGCGAGCUGCAUUAGCACAGUCAUGGGUUCUGGGGUGGCCCGGCAAACAGUUUAUUCUGGACUAUGUUUUCACUGGAACCCAUGUCAUGAAAGGUCCUGCUGCAGCCAUUGACAGCGGUUUGAACUUCUCCAUUGCACUCGGUGGCGAUGAGUCCGAUGAGAUCAAGAUCUAUCUCUUAGUCCAGCUGGUCUUCACGUUGGGUAGAAUUGGUCAGAAAACAGAGAGCGAGCAAUGCCCAGGUUGUGAGCUUUUCUUUUUUUUUCUUUUCUCCUCUUUUAGAACAAAAUUGAAUUAUAAUCCUCCAAAGGAUGAUGGCUCAACGUACAAGAUUGAACUUGAAGGGAUAUCUGUUGAUAUCAUGAAAGAGAUACUAGAUUACAUCUUCAGUGGGCAGAUCAGGCUAAAUGAAGAAACUAUCCAAGAUGUGGUACAGGCAGCUGAUCUCCUGCUGCUUACAGACUUAAAAACUCUCUGCUGUGAGUUUUUAGAAGGUUGCAUAGCUGCUGAGAACUGUAUUGGUAUUCGGGACUUUGCACUGCACUAUUGCUUGCAUCAUGUUCACUACCUUGCCUCAGAGUAUCUGGAAACUCACUUUCGAGAUGUCAGCAGCACAGAGGAAUUCUUGGAACUGACUCCUCAAAAACUGAAAGAAGUGCUGUCAAUGGAAAAGCUCAAUGUUGGAAAUGAAAGAUACGUCUUUGAAGCAGUGAUUAGGUGGAUUUCUCAUGAUUCAGAAUCGAGAAAGGUUCACAUGAAGGAUGUCAUGUCAGCAGUGUGGGUUUCGGGCUUAGAUGCAGCGUAUUUACGUGAGCAGAUGAUGAGUGAACCACUGGUACGGGAGAUCGUCAAAGAAUGCAAUAAUAUCCCCCUCACGCCACCCCAGCAGGGAGAGGCAAUGCUGGCCUCCUUCAAGCCCCGAGGUUACUCGGAGUGUAUAGUGACUGUUGGUGGAGAAGAACGAGUAUCACGGAAACCAACCUCAGUGAUGCGAUGUAUGUGUCCUCUUUAUGAUCCCAAUAGACAGCUCUGGAUUGAACUUGCUCCUAUGAGUAUUCCAAGGAUCAAUCAUGGAGUAUUGUCAGCAGAAGGAUUUUUAUUUGUGCUUGGUGGUCAGGAUGAAAACAAGGGAACGCUAAGCUCUGGGGAGAAGUAUGAUCCAGAUACCAAUUCAUGGAGUUCCUUACCACCAAUGAAUGAGGCACGACAUAAUUUUGGUGUGGUAGAGAUUGAUGGAAUUCUGUAUAUUCUGGGAGGUGAGGAUGGUGAAAGGGAGCUGAUCUCAAUGGAGAGCUAUGAUAUUUAUAACCGGACCUGGACCAAGCAGCCAGACUUGACCAUGGUUAGAAAGAUUGGCUGCUAUGCAGCUAUGAAGAAGAAAAUCUAUGCAAUGGGUGGAGGCUCCUACGGAAAACUCUUUGAAUCCGUUGAGUGUUACGACCCUAGGACUCAGCAGUGGACAGCAAUCUGUCCUCUGAAAGAGAGAAGAUUUGGGGCAGUGGCCUGUGGAGUUGCCUCUGAGCUUUAUGUAUUUGGUGGGGUCAGGAGUCGUGAUGACAGUCAAGCCAGUGAGAUGGUGACGUGCAAAUCUGAAUUUUAUCAUGAUGAGUUUAAAAGGUGGAUUUAUCUAAAUGACCAGAACCUAUGUAUCCCAACUAGUUCUUCCUUCGUGUAUGGAGCUGUGCCCAUUGGAGCCAGCAUAUAUGUGAUUGGGGAUCUUGAUACAGGUACCAAUUAUGACUAUGUUAGAGAAUUUAAAAGAAGCACGGGAACCUGGCAGCGCACUAAACCGCUAUUUCCAUCGGACCUUCGCCGUACUGGCUGUGCAGCUUUGCGGAUCGCAAACUGCAAGCUCUUUCGACUGCAGCUUCAACAAGGACUAUUCCGCAUUCGCGUACCUUCUCCGUGA